AUGGAGUACAACAAAGUUAGAGGAAUUGUUAGUGCAAAGGAGAUUUGGGACACCCUCAAGAUGUCACAUGAAGGAAAUGAUGAAGUCAAGGAGAAAAAGAUGGAUCUUCUCCAAGUAGAGUUGGAAGCAUUUGUCAUGAAGAAGGAUGAAACUGUUCAACAAAUGCAUGAUAGGCUCACCCUUCUUGUCACCGACAUCAAGACUCUUGGUAGCAAGGAUUGGGAUGAUUUCAAGGUCACAAAGAAGAUGCUUAGAGCUUAUGCACCCAAUAAUUCUGUGUUGGCAACCAUCAUUAGAGGCAAAAACUCAUAUAAGAAGAUGAAGCCAAUCAACUUGUUGAACACAUUGCAAUUUCAUGAGAUGAAUGCUCUAGAUGUUGCAAAGUCAAUUGCUAAAGAAGAAGUCAAGAUUAUUGCUCUCAAGGCCGAACCAAGCAAGACGGUAGAAACAAAUGAGAAACAAACAAAGCAAAAGAAGAAAGUUGAAUCAAGUGAUGGAGAAAGCACCGAUGAGGAACUCGCCUUGAUGGUGAAGAACUUCAAGAAGUUCAUGAAGAAGAGAAAUGUCAAGAAAGGAACAUCACAAAGAAGAUGCUACAAGUGUGGUGAAAAAGAUCACUUCCUAGCAGAUUGUCCUAAAAAUAACAACAAUGAAGAUGAAGACAAGAAGUACAAGGACAAAGGCAAAGACAAGAGUUAUGACAAGGAGAAGAGGUACAAGGAGAAGAGCAAGGAAUACAAGAAGAGAAAUGACAAGGCUCAUGUUGGUGAAGGAUGUGAGUCAAGUGACGACUCCGACAAUGAGGGCACAGCAUCACUUGCCUUGUUCACUACUUCAUCAACACCAAGGCUCUUCAACAACCUCUCUGAUGAUGAAGAUGAUCACUCCAUGUGCCUCAUGGCUAAGGGGAAUAAACUAGAAGAAGCAAUCAAGGGCAAGGAUGAACAAAUCCACGAGUUGAACAUGCUAGUUGGUAAGGGAAACCUCAAGCCAAAGAGUGACUUUAAGUCACACCCGGCUUAUGACACGGCUAGAAGGUUUCCAAGCAUUGGUGAUGGACUUGGCCUUACAAGAGGAAACAAGGUAAAUGGUACUAAGAUUGUGAAUGGCCAAGCCAUCCCACUUUGGAAGAAAGGAGCCAAUCUUAAGAAUUUGAUGACCAUAGCUCACAAUGGCUUAAAGUUAAAUAUUGACCAAGGUAAGAACAAGGUUGAGGUUACAACAAAGGUCAACACAAGCAACAAGAAGGUGCCAUAUCCCAUAUCACGCAACUACACAUUUGACUACACGGUUGUGAUUCAAAAUGGGAAGAUGGUUGUCAAGUACAUUGGUGCUCACACUAGGAGGUUGAGGAGUGUGUGGGCAUACUCCUCUGGUGGAAGUGCAUGGUUGAUUGAUAGUGGAUGUUCAAAUCAUAUGACCAGGGAGAAGGACUUGUUUACUUCUUUGGAAACGGAUGACAUACUCAAAGAAACUAUUGUCUUUGGAGACAAUAGCAAAGGAGAAGACAAGAGUGAAGUUCAAGGAAUUGUCAAGAAAUUCAUCAGAAGAGCUCAUAAUGAAUUUGAGUUGAAGAUCAAGAAUAUUAGAAGUGACAAUGGCUCGAAAUUUCGAAACACCAAGGUUGAAAUUUUUUUUGAUGAAGAAGGGAUCAAGCAUGAAUUUUCUGCUCCAUAUACUCCUCAAUAA